UCCUGAUGAUGUCCAUGAUCGUCUUUGGCACUCAGACUUCUGGGAGGAUGAUAUGACAGAAAUAAACACCACCACCCCUGUAAAUACUAAGAAUGCCUUCGAUCUGCCUCAAGCUAUAAUUUCAAAGGCUGCCGUAGCAAAAGGUGCAGGUAAGUCAUGGAGCAGAGGCUGGUCAAUGCAAAACCAGGACGACGUUCACGUGUACCUUCAUUUUGCCGAGAUCCAAGUCUUGAAGCCCAAGGAUACGAGAGAGUUUAGUAUUUUGUGGAACGACGCUACAAUUAACUAUAGCUACAGUCCUCCGGAGUUCAUGGCUGACACUGUGCCUAUCAGAACCUUAACUAAAUGCGAUGAUUUGUGCUACUUAGAGCUUGUAAGAGGUAAGUCGUCAAGUCUUCCACCAUCUAUUAGUGCCAUGGAGGUUUUCGGGGUACUCCAGCUUCCUCAGUCGGAAACAGAUGAAAACGACGUCAGUGCAUUCAAAAACAUUCAAGCGACUUAUAGAUUACAGAAAACGAACUGGCAAGGAGAUCCAUGUGUACCUAUAAAUUACAUGUGGACUGGUCUUAACUGCAGCAACGUGGUUCCGUCUGUUCCACCAAGAAUCAUUUCCAUAGACUUCUCUUCAUAUGGAUUAAAUGGGACCAUAGCUAGUGACAUACAAUAUCUUAGCCAGCUACAGAAAUUGGACCUGUCAAAUAACCAUUUGACUGGAAGAAUCCCGGAAUUUCUUGGCAAAAUGAAGUUGUUGACAAUCAUAAACUUGAGUGGAAACAAUUUUAGCGGCUCAAUUCCUCAAACCCUUCGUAACAUGCAAAAGAAUGGGUUAACCUUGAUACUAGACGGAAACCAAAACCUCUGUUUGGAUUCAUCUUGUGAAACUGAAGCUGGUGAUGGAAAUGGCAAAAAGAAAUUGCUAGUACCCAUUCUUGCAACAGCCGCUUCUGUUGGUUUAAUUACAGCUGUGCUUCUUCUCAUUAUUCUCUUCUACAGGACUAAGAGAUCGUCAAAAGGUAUAAGCUCCUCGAGUACUAUCAAGACUCCGAAACUUAGAAUUUACUAAUCUAGUAUAUGACGAUUAUUUAAUUAAUUUUUAUUUCUCAGAUCCACGGUCA